AAAAGCAAACCAAAAGAAAAGGUGGUGUAACAUCCGAGCCAAAGUUAUACAUCCCUUCCGGGAGAAGCGAAAAAUCGCAGUGAGGAUAAGUGAAAGCCGAUCCGAACUGUAAAGUCAAUGAUGGAUGAAGUCGAUCCGAAUUGAGGAACUUGGAGGGAAACAGGUGUAAAGGUGGAAGAAAAUAGGGGGAAAAGAUGGAAAAGGUGGAAGGAAACACGGGAAAAAAGUGGAAAGGCGGAAGGAAGGAGGAAUCGGAGAAAGAGGAAAAAGGGGGCUCAAGCCAAAGAAAGCAGACUUAGGCCUAGGUUGGUACUGAGGUGAUUCUGAAAAAAGCGGGUAUUAAAUCCACCUCUGUAUACUAUAUAUGUUUAUUCUAUUACAUAAAUGAAUUCAAGGGAAAUCAAUUCUUACAAGAAGCUUAACAUAAUCUGCCAGGAUGGAUUCGAGGCUGUCUGAGGCUUCUAAAACAGGAGAUAUCCAGCUCUUGCACCAGUUGAUGGCAGAGAAUCCACUUCUGCUCCAUAACCUUGCCCUAACUUCCAGCGAGAACCCGCUACAUGUCGCUUCACUUGCCGGACAUGUCGAAUUUGUUCAGGAGAUCCUGAAGUUGAAACCAGCUUUUGUGCAUGAAAUGAACCAGGAUGGGUUCAGCCCCAUGCACAUCGCGGCAGCCAACGGGUAUUUGGAGGUUGUAAGGGAGCUGCUGAUAGCUGACCCGAGACUCUGUCGGAUGAAAGGAAGAGACCAAUGGACUCCUCUUCAUUAUGCUGCUGCCAGAGGGAGGGGUGAUGUUGUCAAAGAGAUGGUUUUGGCUUGCCCGGAAAGUCUCGAAGACGUGACUCUAUAUGAUGAGACUUCGUUGCACCUUGGUGUUAAUAACUGCCAGUUUGAAGCAGUUAAAACUUUGGUUGAAUCGGUCAUGGAACUGAGGAAGGACAACGUUUUGAAUAUGAAGGACAAAAAUGGCAAUUCAGUUCUUCACGUAGCAACCUGGAAGGAACAACACCAGGUAGUGGAAUGGUUAGUUGGCAAUGGAAAAACUCCAAGUGCAUUGGAAGUAAACAUUGUAAACCAGAGUGGUCUAACACCUCUUGAUCUGCUACUAAUCUUCCCGAGUGAAGCCGGCGAUAGGGAAAUUGAAGAGAUCCUUCGUGGUGCCGGAGCUUCGAGAGCACAAGACAUACAAUAUACUCCCUCUCAUGGUCCCAUGGAAACAAAUACCCUUCAGCUGCAGCAGCCAAACAACCCGAUGGAAUACUUCAAGUUCAAAAUGGGCAGAGACUCUCCCAGCGAUGCACGCACGGCGCUGCUAGUUGUCGCUGUACUAGUGGCCACCGCCACCUUUCAAGCCGGACUCAGCCCUCCGGGCGGCGUUUGGCAGGACAGCACGGGAUCAAACAAGAAUGGGACUGGCAGUGGCAGCAAUGAACCAGCACACUCAGCAGGGGAGUCCAUCAUGGGUUCUGACGACAAUAUUUUUUUUAUCUGCUUUGUGACUUUCAACUCGAUGGGAUUUUUUGUUUCACUUUACAUGAUCUGUGUCCUCACCACCAAUUUCCCUAUGCAGUUGGAGCUUAUAAUGUGUAUUCUCGCGAUGUACGGCACGUACAACACUGCAGUUAUCAGCAUUGCACCUGCGAACCCGAUGGUGUGCGUCUCUCUGUUAAUUUAUGGUUUGCAAACUUUGCUUUCACUUGUUGUCCUACUUUGGCGGCUUUUCAGGAUCAGGCUUAGAGAACUGCAUUAAGUGGUUCAUUUAUAUUUGUACAUAAUAAGUCUAUUUCCGGGAUCAAAUCAUCGUUGCCGCAUUCAUCAUAGAAGCUUCAGCUUCGUAUCCUAGUCAGUCGUUUUUGUAUCUUAGGCCACCGUUUGGGAGGUUGCGGUGCUUUAGAAAAAGGAAAAAGAUAAAAAAAAAAAAAACAAAUCUGAUUUAUGAUGGUGUGUUUUUUAGGUGUGUUUUUUGUACUACUUCUAUUUCGUUUAUGAUGGUGUGUUUUUUGUUUA